AUGUCGGCGCCCAGCAUCCUCUCUCCCUACGGGUACUCGUCUGGCACAUGCGGCUACUGCAGUCCUUCUGGUGUUAGGAGUUCCAAGAAAGAGUCGAGCAAGUACGGUAUGAUAUCGAAGCAGAUGACGACUGAGUUCUACCAAGUGCUCAUGGACCGAGGCUGGCGUCGAUCGGGCACAUAUGUGUACCAUCCUGAUAUGGCACGCACCUGCUGCCCUCAAUAUACCAUACGGCUAGACGCCCUCAACUUCAAGCCAAACAAGAAGCAGAAACAAGUCGUCAAUCGCUUCAAUCGUUUCCUGAGCGAGGGGGCGAAGCCUGGGGAGAGCAUAGUCGUGGAUGGACCAGGCGCUGCGGGCAAAGGCGCUCAAACGGGAAAGUCGGGAGGAAACAAGAAGGGGAAGGGUAAAGCGAAUGGAGGUCAAAGAGAUCUCAUCGCUGAACUGCACGAGUAUGAGGUGGGGUAUGGCAAUGAGAGUCAGGCCGUUCAUCGCUUCGAGACUGAGCUGGUCCCAGCAGAGGCUACAGCAGAACGAUUCGAGCUUUACAAAGAAUACCAAAUCGCUAUUCACAAAGACAAGCCAGCAGAGGUGGAAAUGCGCGGGUUUGAUCGAUUUCUCUGUUCUGGGCCUCUGAUCGCCGCGCCGAUACCGUACAAAGACAGGGAGGCGAGUGCUCGGGGUAUCAAAGAGAAGAGGCUACCUAAAGACUAUGGAGCUCAUCAUCUUCUCUACAAAGUCGACUCUCAGGUAAUUGCCAUCUCCGUCAUCGAUAUCACUCCCUCCGGUGUCUCCUCAGUCUACUUUAUCUGGUCUCCGUCCUGGGCAUGGGCCUCUCUCGGCACGCUUUCCGCGCUGUACGAAGUCAGCCUUGCGCAACGCAUCAGACGGGCAGAAGGAGACGGAGGCAAAAUGGGAUGGGUUUAUAUGGGGUACUGGGUACCGGACUGCCAGAAGAUGAAGUACAAGUCGGAAUUCGGGCCGAGUUUUCUAUUGGAUCCUGGAACGAAUGUUUUUCACCCGCUCUCGACAAAGCUGGAGAAGUAUCUCGUCGACCAUCCUCGGGGCUACCGACCUUUUAUAGAUAUUAGAAAAGAGGCCGAGGGUGUAGAAGACCACGACGCUUCGUCAGCUUUACCAAAUCCGAAAGAUGACCACGAACCAGGAACCAAUAAAGAUGAAGAUUCAGACGAGGAAGAAGAUCCUGUCGAUUUUCCAUCUCCUCCUCCGCCAAGUUUUGCCGAUCCCGCCGCAUUCUCAAAGGAAGAGCUCGACCAGGUUCUUGUGCUUCUGAGCAUGAAAGGCCGACAACUGUUUACCAUUUCCGAUUUGGAGUUUGUUGACCCUACACAUAUGCUCGAUACAGUCCGGCAGUUCAUGGCGGCAUUAGGGAAGGAGUGGGUGGCUGGGGCAGAAGACAGGGCAAGAGGAACAGCGUUGAAGAAGGCGAUAAUGUACUUGGGGUACUGA